GACAGCUCGCCAAGUUAGCGCUGCUGUUGUUUUUUAAAAAUAUAUUUAUAUAUUCUUAAUCUAGUCAGCUGUUUUUUUUUUGUUUUAGCGCCAGCGAGGAGCGGCUUGAUAGUGGCGUGAUUUAGCUUGCAGUUACUUUUAUUUAAAAAGCCGCUCACAGCUGCUCUGGGGGGCGGAGUGUCUGCAAAGUGCUGCGCCGAUUGGGGCGCUCGAUCGGGGGAAGAGAGAUGGCGUGCUUGUUGGAGGCCCCUCUCCGCAUCAGUGUGCUGUCUGAAGUCACUGCCACCAGUCGCCAUUAUGUUGACAGACUGUUUGACCCCGACCCACAGAAAGUGCUGCAGGGAGUCAUUGACAUGAAGAAUGCUGUCAUAGGAAACAACAAGCAGAAGGCAAAUCUGAUCGUCCUCGGAGCUGUGCCGAGGUUACUGUACCUGCUCCAGCAGAGUUUGUCCAGUCUGGAGCUGCGGACAGAGUGUGCCGUGGUCCUGGGCAGCCUAGCCAUGGGCACUGAGAACAACAUCAAGUCCCUGGUGGACUGUCACAUCAUCCCUGCCCUUCUUCAAGGUCUUCUGUGUCCGGACCUGAUCUUCAUUGAAGCUUGUCUUCGAUGUCUCAGAACGGUCUUCAUCAGUCCGGUCACCCCUGUGCAGCUGCUCUAUACUGACCCCACUGUGAUUCCCCAUCUAAUGUCUCUACUGAGCCGCUCACAGAGGACCCAGGAGUACAUCACACAGAUCUUCUCCCACUGUUGUAAGACUCCGGAGCACCAGACGGUUCUUUUCAACCACGGCGCCAUCCAGAACAUCGCCCCUCUACUUAUCUCACCCUCUUAUAAGGUCCGGAUGCAGGCGUUAAAGUGUUUCUCAGUCCUGGCCUAUGAGAACACUCAGGUCUCCAUGACACUGGUGAAUGUGCUGGUGGAUGGCGAGCUGCUCUCUCAGGUAUUUGUCAGAAUGAUGCAAAGGGAUCAACCCAUUGAAAUGCAGCUAACAGCAGCCAAAUGUCUAACGUACAUGUGUCGAGCGGGUGCCAUCAGGACGGAUGACAGCUGUAUAGUCCUAAAGACCCUGCCGUGCCUUGUGCGGAUGUGCAGUAAAGAGCAUUUGCUGGAGGAGCGGGUGGAGGGGGCGGAGACGCUGGCUUACCUGAUGGAGCCCGACGUGGAGCUGCAGCGGAUCGCCAGCACCACCGACCACCUGGUGGCCAUGCUGGCCGACUACUUCAAAUACCCCAGCUCUGUGUCUGCCAUCACGGACAUCAAAAGGCUGGACCAUGACCUGAAGCACGCACACGAGCUGAGACAAGCUGCUUUCAAACUUUACGCCUCGCUAGGCUCCAAUGACGAGGACAUCCGCAAAAAGAUUACAGAGACCGAGAACAUGAUGGACCGGAUAGUCAGCGGCCUAUCAGAAUCCAGCAUUAAAGUCAGAUUGGCCGCCGUCAGGUGUCUCCACAGUCUUUCGCGGUCGGUGCAGCAGCUGAGGACGAGCUUUCACGACCACGCAGUGUGGAAACCCCUCAUGAAGCUGCUGCAGAACGCUCCAGAUGAAGUCCUGGUCAUGGCCUCCUCUACACUAUGCAAUCUACUGCUGGAGUUCUCACCCAGCAAAGAGCCCAUCCUGGAGUCAGGGGUGAUUGAAUUACUAUGCAGUCUGACCCAGAGUGACAGUCCUGCACUGAGGGUCAACGGGAUCUGGGCCCUGAUGAACAUGGCGUUCCAGGCGGACCAGAAGGUGAAGGUGGAGAUCGUUCGGUGUUUGGGGACAGAACAGUUGUUCCGCCUGCUAUCGGACCCCGACACCAACGUGCUGAUGAAGACCCUCGGCCUGCUGCGAAAUCUGCUGUCAACACGUCCACACAUUGACCAGAUCAUGAGUUCUCACGGGAAGCAGAUCAUGCAGGCGGUGACCCUCAUCCUGGAAGCGGAGCACAGUAUAGAGGUCAAAGAACAGACGCUGUGUAUCCUCGCCAACAUCGCCGACGGCAACACAGCCAAGGAACUCAUCAUGACCAAUGACGACAUGCUCCAGAAAAUCAAAUACUACAUGGGGCAUUCGAAUGUGAAACUGCAGCUCGCUGCCACCUUCUGCAUCUCAAACCUGAUCUGGAACGAGGAGGACGGUAAGACGGCACAACGGGAAGGAGGAAUAAAGAGUUCUCAGGAGCGUCAGGACAAGCUGAGGGAGAUGGGCUUUGUGGACAUUCUGCACAAACUCACCCAGGCGUCUGACCCCAACCUCUGUGACAGGGCGAAGACGGCGAUGCAGCAGUACCUAGCAUGACCACAGGGGGGAGAGAUCCCCUACUGCCAGCCUAACUAACAAUCGUGGGGAGGACACCUGCCAGCGGUUCUUUUGUUUCUCAUUUUGUUUAACCUCGAGGCUUGUUUGUUGCACAAGGACACCUUUUAUUGGACCUGUGGCUGUCCUCCCGUCACCUCCCACCCAGCACCUAAACCACCCUCGACAGUGUGCACACUCUGAGAACGUGGUCGUUGGGGAAUCAACGGUUAGGAGGAGUUUUUGUUUUUCUUUUGUUUUCAACAAUGAAGUGAAAUUUUUCCUUUUUUGGGACUGUGAUUUUUUUCUUUCUUGGAGUGCAGCAGCCUGACACCAGCAGCACCUCCUCGGUGCUUUGGGACUCCUGAUUGUGGAGAUUCUGGUCUCAGAGAAGCGGACUACGAGGUUUUGAUGAGCAGGAGCUGUCGGACAGCAACGCUUCCCGGUUUUUAGUUUAUUUUUAAUUAAUAAUUACUUAUUAAUAAUAAUGCUUCCUUAAGGCAUCGCAAGCAAGGACACAUUUGGAGAAACACAGACUGCCUAUUUUGAAAUUUUGGGUGUUUUUUCUUUUUUUUGUGGAUACAUACCUCGUAAAUAUAUAAAUAUAUAUAAAUAUAAACAUAAAUAUAUAUUUUUGGAUUUUUAUUUUCCCCUGACCCUCUGUUUGUCAGUCAUUCUCUCUGAACCAUGACUCUUCUCACAGGAGGGUGAUUCAGUAUGUAUGUGACUCUGAACAUGGUCUCUGGAGGUGAAAAAGGAAUAGAAAUCUAAUUCCCCCAGAUAUUUUUUUUUUUUUCUUCUCUUCUCACCGUUGUGGUUCUGCGUGCACUGUCGCCUGUCACUUCUGUCCGAUAAUGUCCUUAUAAUCCCAAUGGGAAAUGUAGUUCCAGAGUGCUCACUCUGACCUGCCCGGUUACUAAUUAACAGGCAUGAGUACACACAACACGGGAGAUAAGAGGAUGCAUGUAUUCUCACGUCUCUAUUGAAUAAGACUUCAUGUCUGUUGCUGUUUCUGCAUUCUCUGCAGCCCCCCACCUAUGGAAGAAUUAUCCUAUCUUUAUUCAAGAGCGUAGAUUUUCAGUUUGAGAGCAUAAUUUGUCUUUCUCGUGCUCAGAUUUGUUCUCCUCAUGCUCACAUUUUGCGCUCGCACUCAGAUUUCUGCUGCUUUCUUUCAAAAUGUGUGCGCGCACUUAAUCACAUGCUUGUGCUCACAUUUCUUCUUCUUGGACACAAACAUUUCGCUCGCGCUCAAAUCUAAAGUCUACGCGCUCAGAUCUCAACUCUGCGCUCUCAAAACUUUUGUGCUCGCACCCAGAACACGCACGUCCUCUCAGGUCGAGGUGUCUGCUCAGACUGAACGAUGUCCCGCCCUGCGCUUAAAAUAAAAAAAAGACUUUAGAUUUGAGCGCGCACAGGACAUAUUUGAGUGCGAGCGAAAUGUUUGUGUCCAAGAAGAAGAAAUGUGAGCACAAGCAUGUGAUUUUUAAGUGUGCGCACACAUUUUGAAAGAAAGCAGCAGAAAUCUGAGUGCGAGCGCAAAAUGUGAGCAUGAGGAGAACAAAUCUGAGCACGAGAAAGACAAAUUAUGCUCUCAAACUGAAAAUCUACGCUCUUGAAUAAAGAUAGGAUAAUUCUUCCAUACCCACCGCCACCUAGCCACCCCUUCUGUGUGUGUUUGUCAAAAGGGAUAAAUGAAAAGAUCCUGGGUUUCUUCCCUCUGGUGUGUUUGGAGAAGUGAGCGAGUACAGAGUAGAUAAUGUAAAGAGAAGUGUGUGAGAGCGGCCCCUGGAGGGUGAGGCACUAAGUGCAGCAGAAUCAAGUGCUUCAUUGUGUUUCUUCCCCUCGAUCAUAUAAUUUCUUCUUCUUCUCCCACCAGGAUAUUUCUAGAGUGUUGUUCCUUGACAUUUCAAACCUCACUGAAACUCUGAUAGAAUGAAUGUUACCAUUGAAAAUAUAUGCAGACCUGAAGAAGGAU